AUGACUUUCCUCGGCAUGCGCAAAUACCCAACGCCCGUCAACGGUCCUAUGAUGCCCUUCUACAUCGGCGGCGUUGUCAUGUUCUUCGCCAUCAACUCGCUCGCGACCACCAUGAUGGACUCGCCUGCCUAUGCCAACGACCCAAAGAACCCCAAAUUCAAGGCGACAGGAGGCAAAAAGGCAGAUCACUAG